AUGGUCAAGGAACAGUACCAGCUUGCAGGGAAAUGCAAGUUGCAUCUUAGGAAUGUAAAGAAUAACAAGAGGUACUUAGUUCCAUUUGUUGUUGUGAAGGGCGAAGUCACAAGACCACUGUUGGGAGCUAGUACAGGCCAGCAGAUGAAGUUGAUCAAAGUACAGUAUGAAAACAUUGAAGUUGUUCAUGCAGUAGCUAAUGAUGAUAUUCUGAUCCCAUACAAGGACGUAUUUACAGGGUUGGGUAACAUGCCAGGAGUAGUUCAUUUGACCUUAGAGGCUGAGGCGAAGCCAGUAGUGAUGCCCCCUAGAAGGGUCCCUCUUUCAAUUAAAGAAGAUUUGAAAGAAGAGUUGUGUAGGCUUGAAAAGCUGCAGGUGAUUGAGACGGUAGAAGAUCCUAGUGAUUGGGUAUCUAGUCUUGUAGUAGCUAGGAAACCAAGUGGUAAAUUGAGAGUAUGCAUCGAUCCGCAACAUCUUAAUAGGUCGUUGAAGCGUGAGCAUUACCCAUUGUCAACGAUUGAUGAUGUCCUACCACAGUUAGCGAAUGUGAAAGUUUUCAGCAAGGCCGACUUGAAGGAAGGUUUUCUACAGUGUAAGUUGGACGCAGAAUCAUCCAAGCUUACAACAUUUCAGACACCUUGGGGUAGAUAUAGGUUUCUUCGCUUACCCUUUGGUCUAUCACCUUCGCCUGAGCUCUUCCAGAAGCGCCUAGAUCAGUGCCUUGAAGGCCUACCAGGAGUAUUCGUCAUAGCAGAUGACAUUCUCAUAACUGGACAGGGUGAGACACAUGCAGAGGCCUGCAUAGACCAUGAUCGUAACAUGACUAGUUUCCUUCGCCGAUGUCGCGAGCGAGACAUCAAGCUGAAUUCUAGCAAGCUUGAGUACAAAUGUAAGGAGGUGCAGUUCAUUGGUCACCGACUGACCAAGGAAGGUGUUCGGCCCGAUCCUAGCAAAGUCGCAGCUCUCGUUGACAUGCCACAGCCAGUAGAUAUACCUGGAAUCCAGCGAUUUGUGGGAAUGGUUCAAUACUUAGCAAAGUUCUUGCCAUCAUUGUCGGGGCUCAGCGAACCGUUACGUAGGUUGACCCACAAGGACACUCCCUGGAACUGGGAAGAAGAACAGUCUAGAGCGUUCAUCGCGAUCAAAGGACUUGUUACAGAAGCACUGGUUCUCCGAUACUUUGAUCAGCAGUUGCCGGUAGAGGGUCAAGGUGAUGCCUCACAAAAGGGCCUGGGUUUCGUGUCGACUCAGAAUGACCAACCGGUGACAUACUCAAGUAGAGCGUUGACUGAGGCCGAAACUAGAUAUUCUCAGAUCGAGAAGGAACUUCUUGCGCAAGUUUUCGGACUUGAAAGAAACCAUCAGUACGUGUACGGUAGAAAGGUGAUCCUUUGGACAGACCACAAACCGCUAGUGACAAUAACGCGUAAACCGUUGGCUUCUACACCAAAGAGACUGCAAAGAUUACUAUUGCGAAUGCAACAGUACAAUGUAGAGAUCUUCUACAAGCCGGGUAGAAAGAUGUACCUAGCAGACACCCUGUCGCGAGCAUACUUACCGAACUCCGAGCAAUCGCCGACAGAGAAAGAAGUUGAAAGCAUUCACAUGCUUGAGGACAUAGCGGUGUCGCAGAAGACGUUAGCGCUCAUCAGGAUUGAAACGCAACAGGAUGAAAGCCUACAAGCGGUAAAGGGACUGAUCCUUGAGGGGUGGCCCGAAGACAAGUCUCGUCUGCCACCUGGGACUUCUCCAUACUUUGACAUCCGUGAUGAACUAACGUAUGAUGAGGGUAUAAUCUUCCGCGGACAGCGUUGUACUACUUCGAAAGUUCUUCCUCUGCCACACAAGAAAGAUACCAGAGCAGUCGUCAGGCGACUAAAGAGCAUUUUCGCAUGUCACGGUAUCCCAGAAACCAUUAUGUCGGACAAUGGUCCCCCAUUUAACUCUCAAGAUUUCGCGACCUUCAUGCAGGAGUACGAGAUUGAGCACAUCACGAGUUCCCCAUAUUAUCCCAAGAGCAAUGGGAAAGCGGAGAGUGCCGUCAAGAUUGCGAAGGGUCUCUUACGUAAGACAACUGAAGCUCAAGAAGAUUUUCAGCUAGCUCUUCUAAAUUGGCGUAACACACCCACAGCAGGACUUGAUAGCUCGCCAGCUCAACGCCUGUAUGGUCGUCGCACUCGCACUCUUGUACCAACCGCGUCCAAGCUUCUGAUUCCACGCACACAAAAUAGAGUUGUCGCAAAGAAAGCGGAAAAGCAGAAGCGAAAGCAGUACUACGAUAAGAGCACGAAAGAGCUACCACCAUUGAAACGCGGAGAUAUUGUUCGUGUUCAGCCGCAGUCUAACGCACAGAGUAAGCGAUGGCACAAAGCGAGAGUAGAGAAACAAGUUGAUUCCAGAUCAUAUCUAGUCAGGUCAGAGAAUGGCAAUAUAGUUCGACGAAACAGGAAGCACUUGCGCACAUGUAGUAGCGCAUUCAGUGACCAGUCAGAUAUAUUCUCCACGCCUACUAGCGUAACUCGCGAACAACCAGAGCCAUCAACAUCCGAAGCGAAGCGUAGCGACACAAAUUCACCAGAUCACGUAGCGAAGUCUCCUCGUCGCGAAGCAAAUAAUGAUAUUCGCGAACCCCAGCUCGCUGAAGAGACUCAAGAACCACCAAGAACAGCUCGCCGUAGUACCAGAGCUCGCCAUCCACCAGCUCACAUGAAAGAUUUUGUUGUUUAUCAUUAA